AUGGCCGGGAGGAAAGACGAUGGUGGUGUGCUCAAAAAGGCCGUUUCCCAAAAGCGAAAGGUCCGCUUCGAGGACGACAUCAGGGAAGACACACCUCGUUCUGACUCCAAAAGACUCAAAAGCUCGUCGUCGUCGUCGUUGUCGUCGAAACCAAACCCACCACCUCUCUCAAAGCCCGAUCAGCUCGCCGCGGAAACAGCACCCCUGGUCGAGCCACGCGCCGCGUCCCCGGCCCCCGAGGCGCCCGCCGACCUCACGCCCGCCGAACAGCGACGCAGGGCCGAACAGGAGCGGCGCGACGCGGCCAACGAGCAAAAGAGCCCCGUGCUCCCGACGCCGCGCGCGGUCCGCGAGGCGCACAUCAAGAAGGAAUACGCGCCCGACGACAGGGACACGGCGGAGCUGGCGGCCGGCAUGCUCAACCUCGUCAGCCUCGCGGCGCGCAUGAGCGCCUUGCCGCCGGGCGACGCCGGGCGGUACAGCGCGCUCGGCUACAUCAUCAAGCGGCUCGACCACCUCGACCUCGACGGCGUCGACGCGCGCGUCACGGACCUGACGCCGGCGCAGGCGGCGGCGGCGGAGCGCGACGUGCACACGCGGCUCCAGGAGGCCCAAGCGCAGCAGCGCAAGCUGUUCAAUACGAAGAACACGAAAAAGUACGCCGCCGGGCUGCGCAGGUUCGUGGCUGAUCCGCCGGCGUACCAGCGCGAGGUCGCGGCGCGGUGCGGGCGCAUCUUCAUCCAUGACAGCUAUGCGCGGGCGUUUGUCAAGUGGUUGCGGCAGCUGGACGUGCGGCGCGUCUCGAGUGUCGGGAAGCCGGGCUCGGAUCAAAGCCGGGCUCGGACCCCCUUCGGCCCCCUUCGACCUUGGACGGGGGCGGCGGCGCGCUUCACGGGCCUUGACGGCGGCGCAGGCGGCCGGCGGGAGCGGCGAACGUGGCGCACACGCGGCUUCCAGGAAGCCCAAAGCGCAGCCAGCGCAAGCUGUUCAAUACGAAGAACACGAAAAAAGUACGCCGCCGGGCUGCGCAGGUUCGUGGCUGAUCCGCCGGCGUACCAGCGCGAGGUCGCGGCGCGGUGCGGGCGCAUCUUCAUCCAUGACAGCUAUGCGCGGGCGUUUGUCAAGUGGUUGCGGCAGCUGGACCGUGCGGCGCGUCUCGAGUGUCGGUAUUUCCACGCGGUGAACUGGCGCCGCGGAAGGUGA